AAAAAAGAUUUUGAUUUGCCAAAUUUCUGACUUUUAUGUUAAAAUAAUUUGCAUUUGGAAAAGAAAACUUUUGACUACGUGUUGUUGAGGAAUUGAUGUUCACAAACCAUAAACAUAUUCUAUUCCUAUAGGAUCUCUUAAAAAUAAACCGUUAUUACGUUAUUAUUAAUUUUGCAUCCUUUUGUUCUGCUGCUAUUGUGGGUUGGGGUCAAACCUUAUUUAUCUGGUACUUUCUAAACGCUCUGCCCCAAGUGAAUUGGCGACAGCCGAAAAGGUUGCUAUUUUCCUCAUAUUUGUGAGUCAUGUUUUAUUUAAAUGAUUCUUUGUGAGACCUUUUCAUUAUGUCGCGUUCUUGUCUGUGAAUAGUCCAUGACCACGGUUUCGCGAAAUUCGUUAUUUAGUCAGAGGAAAUUUGAAUAAUUUGAGAAUAGCAGAAGUAAUUAAGCAGUCAUUAAAGCAGCACUCGGAUAAUGAGGCGAGUAAACAGAGCGCGACCGCGAGAUGCAAUUUUGAAAAUCCCAUUCUUCCAGCUCUCCUACAACAACGAGCCAUUACAGUUAGCUCUCCUUGCUUUUUCCGAAAUUACUCAUCCCAUCGUCGCUAGGCAAGCCGGCUGGCGGCUUACGGUACACACUCGGUGAUGUUUACCAUAAUGCGUGACUCUUGAGAUGCAAUCUUUCCCCAAUAUAAUCGUUAAACUCGAGCUUAAUCCUGGCGCGACGGGUGUCGUUGCCUCCGCCUUCCGUCAUUUCGCUUCCUGAUGCCACUACGGUUGCUACUGUUGCUGUGGCUGACGGGGCCGGCGUGCGCCCUUAGCCUGCCCCCCUUCCUCAGCCGCCUCUUUGACUUCUCCCAAGGACACGAGGCGAGGUCCGACACCCAGCCGGUCACCCCCAACUCGUACUUGACCUCGACAGCCCCCACCCCCGAGCCUGCCGAGGUGGAGCGCGAAUGGGUGCCGCUGGCGCCCAUUCCGCCCUCCGCUCCGACCUCAACCCCCUGGGUCGCCGAGAUCACCACUCCAACCACUGCGGAAUUGGCCUCAGACCCGACCUGGCUACCCGUCCCAAGCCUCCCCGCCAACGUCUCGUCAGGGUUUGACGCCCAAGCCCGUCUGCCGCAACGUGACGACCCCAUAGAGGCCGAGGAGGACCCUUUUUACGCAGAAUGGCAACUUGUGCCGAUCCAGGAAGUGACCAACGCUCCCUGGGCCGCGCAGGUCAUCCCUAAGUUCGCCCCUAGUCGGCCGUUCCCCCCGAAAUCCCCUCCUAGAGACUGGUUGAACACUCCAGAUGAAGUGCGGCCUGAGCCAGAACCCCAACCCUUUCCAGGACUCGUGCCGCAAGCAGAGCCCGCGCCAUUCAACCCGGUUUCGAGUGUGAUUGUUAAAGAGGCUUCCGACUUUGGGGUGGAGCGGAUGCUGCAGCUGUACAACAUCACUGAGCCGCGCUUGUACAGCGAUGGAAUGUACCUACCAAAAAAAAGUCCUGGGGCACUGGUGGCCUCGUUCAACUGGCAGUCGAGCAAAGCUGCGCCGCUGGCAAGAUACGCCCACGCGACCCUGCACGCCUCACAGCACCUCAGGGCGUCGAUCUUCAGGUUUAACGUAAAACAAGCCAGUCCAGCGACCACCUUGCUGCGCGAGUGCCCCCUUCGGAAGACGGAUUUUCCUUGUUCCCGCACCCCGCAACGCUUUCGCUCUGCCGACGGCAGGUGCAACAACGCGCGCUUUCCCAACCGGGGGUCCCCGUUCACCCCUUACCGGCGUCUGUUGGCCGCCGCCUACAACGAUGGUAUCCAGGAAGUGCGGCGCUCGGUAACCGGCGCCGAACUGCCGAGUGCUCGCACCAUCAGCAUGGCGGUGCUGCGUGACCCCCAGAACAAGCAGGUCGUGGACUCGGACAGCAAGGUGUCGCACCUGCUGAUGCAGUGGGGCCAGUUCCUAGACCACGACAUGGUGGCCACGCCGCAGAGUCACGGCUUCAACGGCUCGGUGCCGCAGUGCUGCAAGGCCGACAAUUCUGGUGAACUGCACCCAUCGCAGCGGCACCCCGAGUGUUACCCCAUUCCGGUUGACCCCAACGACUCACAUUACUCCAGGAGAGGCGUGCGCUGCUUGCAUUUUGUGAGGUCGGCUCCUGCACCUAAGGAGGAUUGCGGCUUUGGUUGGAGAGAGCAGGCGAACGCUGUCACUUCUUACUUGGACGGAUCCACUAUUUACGGGAGUUCAGAGGAUCGACAAUUGGAACUGCGUCUUUUCCACCAAGGUCAACUGAACACAAUGCCUGGCAAAAAGAGCAAGCCACUUUUGCCUCCCGCCCCACCUGAUGAGCAAUCUGUGUGCCGCUCCUCAAAGCGUCAUCCUUGCCUCAAAGCCGGUGACCUGAGAGCUAAUGAGCAACCUGGCCUGACUUCUCUCCACAUCCUCUUUUUACGGGAACACAACCGCAUUGCCAGUCUUCUGCAUGAACUGAAUCCAGGUUGGAGCGAUGAACAACUCUUUCAAGAGACGCGAAAAAUUGUGAUAGCAGAAAUUCAGCAUAUAACCCUGAAAGAAUUUUUGCCACUGGUGCUAGGUCCUGAUGUUUACAAAGUAUUUGAGUUCAACGCAUCCCAUCCAGGGUACGAUGAGAAUAUGGAUCCAACCAUACCAAAUGCAUUUGCUGCAGCAGCCUACAGAUUUGGUCAUUCUUUGGUGCAAGACAAGUUAUGGCGCUGCAACGCACUGCAUCAGAGACUGCAACACAACAAAACUUUGCACCAGGAAAUGGCUCAGCCUGGAGUCGUAAUGGCUGCUAACACUCCUGAGAGAUUGAUAAUUGGCAUGAGCCGACAAUUAGCUCGAAACGCGGACCACACUAUCAGUCGAGAGCUCACAGAUCAUUUGUUUGAGACGCCUGAAUUCAAUCCUGGCCUUGACUUGGCUGCAAUGAACAUUCAGAGAGGUCGGGAUCAUGGCUUGCAGUCGUAUAACAGCUGGCGAGAACCAUGUGGCUUGCGGAGGAUUGAUAAAUGGGAGGACCUCACAUACGUUAUGUCUCAAAGACACGCAGCCCUGCUGCCUCAAUUGUACAACCAUGUUGAUGACAUUGAUCUCUUUGUUGGUGGGAUGGGAGAAAAGGCAGUUCCUGGAGGCUUGGUUGGACCAACUUUUGCCUGCAUCAUUGGGCAGACGUUUGCAGAUCUGCGAGUGGGAGACCGCAUGUGGUAUGAAGCAGAAAAUGAAAUGAGCUCUUUCACACCCAAGCAGCUGAAUGAAAUCAAGAAAUCAAAUUUAGCGAGGAUUAUGUGCGAAAACCUGGAAGGGCUACUCACAGUCACUAGAUUUCCUAUGAGUGCCCACAGCGUUCUCAACAAUUCCUAUGUACAGUGUAGUAACAAGAAGAAGAUAAAAGAGCUGAAUUUGUCUCUUUGGAAAGAAAUCAUCCCCAGUGACGAUUCACCGAUUGUUGUGCAAAAACCAAGGCCAAUGGCUGCUAAACCUAAACCACAGAAACAGCCAAGCUGGACCCAAAUGCUUAUCAACAGGUUUAGGCCAAAUAGAAACAGACCAAAACGGCCCAACAGGAACAGGCCAAAACGUCCGAACAGCAAAUUGAAGGAAGGAGGGGAAGAUGACUUCUUGGAAGGUUUUGCAGUUGAAACUUACGUUUUGCGGUCAAGACAAUUUGAGAAAGAUGAUCCUUGGCCUGUUGUUGAAAUUCCUAAGCCAAACUUCAGAUAAUAUAAAAUUGAAUGUAAAUAUUUAUUCAAAUGUAAUUUAAUAAACCUUAAUUUAAUAAUUAA